AAUGGAUCGUUUAAUCAUCUUACUAGCUAUUCUUUUGAUGGUAGGAAACAAUUAUGCCUUUGAUAUUCCUCAAGCUCUUGAGGUUCCAAUAGAAGAAGAGUUUCAAUUGACAUAAACCUAAUUCAAUUUACUAUACAGCGUUUUUGCAAUUCCGAAUAUAGGUUUAAGUAUUGGAGGAGGUAUAAUGAUAGACAAUAUGGGUGGUCGUUGGGGAGUAAAAACAUAUUUUAUAAUUUAGGUAUUUACAUUUAGUUUAUUAUUGGGACUUUCAUAAUUGUUUAUAUUUUUUGGAGGAUGCUAUCAUAAUUAUUGUAUGAUGCUUUGUGGUAGAGCUAUAUUUGGUAUUGCAAGCGAUAUUUUACACAUUGCUGUGUUUAAAAUGGUAGCGUAGCGAAUGCCUAAAGAUAUGGGUACUGCAAUGGGAUUAAUACUUACAGUCCCAGAAUUAGCAGCAGCCCUUAAUUCAUUUUUAUCACCUUAUUUAUUUGAAAAGACUAAUUCAUUAAAAAUACCCUUGUUAUUUGGAUUAUUCUUAUGUUUUUUAGUAUAAUUUAAAAUAAUUUGAAUAGUCCUUUCUUUCAGGAUUGAUGAUGAUUUAUGUAGAUAUGAAAUAUGAGAAAGUAGAGAGUGUAAAAUAAACCGAAUAAAUUUCAGUUUUUAAUUGUAAUAAUAGUAAUCUAAUAAUUUAGUUAAGCUUACUAAACCUUUUGUAAUAAUGAGCAUAAUAACAACAUUAAUGUUAGCUUCAUAUGUUCCAUUUCUUGAUAAUGCUAAUAAAUUUUAUCAUGAACGCUUUGGAUUUAGUAUAAUGGAUGCUGGAUAAAUAGUUACUGUGGGUUAUGUAGUUGCAGGUAGAGUAUAAUUUAUAAUAUGAUUAUUAUUAGCAAUUACAUCACCAAUAGUAGGUAGAAUUUCAGAUAAAUUUACACAUUAUAGACCUUUUUUUAUUGUAGUGUCAACAAUAAUGUUUUUUAUUUCCCAUUUGCAAUUUUAUUAUAUGCCAUUGACGACAUCUCCUAAUUAUUAUUCAGUUUUUGCGUAAAAUGUUAAUAAAAUUCUAGUUUAAUUACAUUGGGAUUAUCAUAUUCAUGUUUUUCAAGUGUUUUAAUGCCUGCCUUACAAUCUACAGUUCCUGAAGAUAUGCUUGGUACUUUAUGAAUACAAAUGAAAUUAGCAACUGCUUUGGGUUUAUUGGGGAUAAUAGAGAAUUUCUGUAUGGCUGUUGUUCCAAUGAUAUCUGGUUUUGUAUAUGCAAUAGGUGGUGGUAUAGAUCCAAUGAAAAAUGUGGACAUAAUUUAUUUGUUCUUGGCAGGUAUUGGAGUUGUACUUUCUAUUCAUUUAUUGAUGGAGAAUAUCUUAUAACCAGCUAAGGCACAUGCAAAAUUACCCAAUGCUCUGGAUAUUUGAA